AUGUCGGAGUCGCGGAAAAACCAUCUGUCCAUAGAUGGAGGGCAGGUGAAAGAAGACGAACACGUCGCAUCUUACAAGCCUAUCCCCGAGUCCGAUGGAGACUUCCGGACAUCAAAAUCCAAUCUCUCCAAGUCAAAGGAGAAGCUUUCUCCUGACGGCGCGGAGGAGAAGCUGCUGCCCAAGGAAGUUGAGGCCAAAAUAGUGACCAGGGUCGACAUGGCAGACGCCAAAUACGUGGUGGAAGACCACAGGAAUGGAGACGCUAAGAUCGAGCUUGAUGCUAACAAACGGCAAUUCUCUGGACUGACCAAGGAGGAACUGCUGAAGUAUGCGGAUGAUCCGUUCUGGGUGAACCUGCGAUGGGCGAUGUUCAUCCUGUUCUGGGCGCUCUGGCUGGCCAUGCUGGCUGGAGCCAUCACCAUCAUCGUGAGGGCACCUAAGUGUGCUGCUCCCGAGCCCAAGACUUGGUUCGAAAAAGGCCUCCUGGUAGACAUGGAAGAUGCUCCCUACGCUGAAAUUGAAGAUGAUCUGCAGUUGCUGGAACACUUCAAGGUGCAAGGAGUAUUCGUGGAUGUACCUACUUAUGACAUCAUAGAUGAGAACCCCAGUGCGUUGGAUAGCUUCAAGCGGUUUGUCAGCAUGGCCAAGACUCAUGGUAUCAAAGUAAUUGUUGAUCUGAUCCCCAACUACGUGCCACUAUCUCACAUGUGGUUCCGUAUGAGUGAGAACAAGACUGAGGGCUACGACAACUACUUCGUGUGGAAGGAAGGCAAGGCCUUCGACGAUGCUGGCAAUAGGAUCCCACCUAACAACUGGGUAUCAACUCUGAACGAGUCAGCGUGGACAUGGAGCGACCAGCGCAACGCGUACUACCUGCACCAAUAUGACGCCUCACAGCCAGAUCUGAACUUCAACAAUGACGAGGUGGUCAAGGAGUUUGAUAACAUUUUAAAACAGUGGAUGAAGGCUGGAGCUGCUGGAGUCAGGCUAAACAAAGUGCGUCAGUUACUAGUGAACGCAACGAUGAAGGACGAGCAGCCGCUGACGGGGCGCGGCAGUGUGCUGGCCGCCGACCACACGUACCACUCGUACUGGCGACACUCGCACACUACGGACCAGCCCAGGAUGAUAGACCUGCUGGCGCGCUGGGCCAACAUUGUUGAUGAGGCUAGCGAGGCGCCUGGCACUGGCUCUUCAGUAUUCACCAUAAACGAAGAAGGUGGUCGUGCAGAGCUAUUCCUCUUAAACAAGAACAUGACGUACCUUCGCCCGCUGGCGUCCCAGCCGCUGACAAUAAACGAGGAUGUCACCACCGCCGCCCUUGAUAUCAACAAGCGGCUCGGCAAAUGGCCUGCUUUGAACUUGAGGACAUUCCCCGACGCACAACCAGAGCUGGUAGCUUUCGAGCUGCUGCUGCCAGCCUCUCCUAUCCUCAACCCUCACCAGCUGGAGAAGGAGGACAAUGAAACUACUACCAGUGAGUCGUUGGCUCACUUCGUGUCGAUGCGCGAGGACGCGAGCAUCCAGCACGGGCAGCACGUGGUGGCGGGCGUGCCGGCCAGGAACUCCUCCACCAACACACUGCUCGCGGUGGCCAGGUGGAAGACCGGCCACACAGGUUACGUGGCGCUGUUCAACCCGACAGAGGACGAACAGCGCGCCAACCUGACUGCAGUGUCGUCUAUACCAGACACUCUCACUCCCCACUUCAUGUCACAUGCUGUAAAGCAUUACACAAAUUAUUCUCUGCACAACGCAGAACCGGCGGACAACUUGUUGGUGCCGCCCAAAUCCUCGGUGGUGUUCUCCUACGUGCCUCUGACAUCGGCAGAGAAUUAA